AUGAGGNAUGCAGGUUGGCUCAAGAAUGAUAGUAUGGAUAGUAAUGAGAAAAUCACUGAUAAUGCAGGAUAUUUCGACAUCUCUAUACCAUUAAGUCUUCUACUUGGCUUCGCUGAAGAUUAUCAGAAGAUUGUUGUGAAUGCAAAACAUGAACUCAUUAUUACGAGAUCGAAAACAGACAUCAGUGCAGUACUUCAGAGAGCUGUCAAUCAACAAAACCCAGAGGAGAAAUGGAAGAUCAACCUUCAAAAGAUUGAGUGGUUGAUCCCCUAUGUUAAAGUGUCGGACGAGCGCAAGGUGAAGCUGCUCAAUUUCAUCGCAAAAGACACACCCAAUACAAUGGGCUUUCGUUCAUGGGAAUUGUAUGAGUAUCCUCUUCUCCUAGCAACCUCGAAGUAUGUUUGGGUUGUGAAGACAUCAUCUCAAUUGGAGAAACCAAGAUACGUUAUUCUUGGAUUCCAAACGAGUCGUAAAAUUAUUCAGACAGCCAAUGCGAGCCACUUCGAUCAUUGCAGUAUCAGAGAUGUGAAGCUUUUCCUCCACUCAGAGAGCUAUCCAUAUGGCAAUUUGAAUUUGGAUAUUGCCCUCAAUCAGUAUUCAACACUAUACAACAUGUACGUGAACUUUCAGGAGUCUUACUACGGAAAGGAAGCUGAGUCGUUAUUGAAUAGAGAGAAAUUUCUAACAGAGGCACCAUUAAUUGUAAUCGAUUGUUCCAAGCAGAAUGAGUAUUUGAAAACCGGACCAGUUGAUAUUCGUCUGGAAUUUGAAUCAUCAUUUCCUUUUGCACCCAACACAUCAGCAUACAGUCUCAUCCUCCAUGAUCGAAUUGUUGAAUACAAUCCUAUCAGUGGAGGAGUUAAGAAACUAAUGUAA